UGGAGUAGAAUAUGAAAAUAAUUGUUUCGAAGGUGAUUGUAUUCUCGAAGGUAAUUCCUGCGACGUUGAAGGCGACAAGUACCUUAAAAAUACAUACCGAGGAGUUAUUCGAGGGAGGGGAAUUAAUCGAGAAAAUACGGUAUACAGCUAAGAAAUACAUAUAAAAUACAUAUACAACUAAAACAGAAAGAAUAAUCUAAAAAUUUGUUCCAUACAAUUGAGAUAAAGC